GUACUCUUGAUGAUAAUUCUGUUGUAGCCUACUUUUACUUAAGUAACAUUUUUAAUGCAUGAAUACUUGUAACAGAGUAUUUCUACACUGUGGUUUUGAUAUUUUUAUCUCUGGGUAGUAGUUUAGUGUUGUGGAUUUUUACAAAUAAAGCUUUUGAUCUGAAAAGAACCGCAACCUAAACCGGAAACCCUCUCCUAGUUCUGUCUAACUUGACAGUGUCAGCGAGCGUAGCAGGCGAGCCGCGGACUGUCGGUCUGACCUGACUGCGAAUCUAACGGGAGACAUUUUGGAUAUUGUCUCAACACGGUUUAUAUUGUUAUCAUUAUCCUUUAGCUCGGUUAAGCCUCGUCGGGGCUAAAUAAGGAGGCAUCCUGGAAGCACCCGAAGAACCGCGGAGAUCUCCGCAGCAGGGAUGCUUCGUGACCCGCGGCAGGUGUGAAGAGAUGCCUGGGGAGCCGCCGGCGUGCACCGGCCGGGUGGUGCUGGUAAAGAAGAUCGUAAUGAAGGACGGAGCUCCGCUCCAACAGGGUAUCGGCAGGCCCAGUGUGUAUCAUGCAGUGGUGGUGAUCUUCCUGGAGUUCUUCGCCUGGGGAUUACUCACCACGCCCAUGCUCACUGUUUUACAUGAAACAUUUCCCCAGCACACAUUCCUGAUGAACGGACUCAUUCAGGGCGUGAAGGGUCUGCUGUCAUUCAUGUCUGCUCCUCUGAUUGGUGCAUUGUCGGAUGUGUGGGGCAGACGGUCCUUCCUGUUGGUCACCGUUUUCUUCACCUGCGCCCCGAUCCCUCUGAUGAGGCUCAGCCCCUGGUGGUAUUUUGCCAUGAUCUCCAUGUCUGGAGCUUUCUCUGUCACCUUCUCGGUCAUCUUCGCCUAUGUUGCUGAUGUCACGGAGGAAAGAAAGAGGAGUACAGCCUACGGUCUGGUGUCGGCUACUUUCGCAGCCAGCCUGGUGACGAGUCCAGCCAUCGGGGCGUACCUGUCAGCCUGGUACGGAGACAACCUGGUUGUUCUGGUGGCCACACUGAUCGCUUUGGCCGACAUCUGCUUCAUCCUGUUGGCCGUGCCCGAGUCUCUGCCGGACAAGAUGAGGUUAAACACCUGGGGGGCUCCCAUAUCCUGGGAGCAGGCCGACCCCUUCGCUUCUCUGAGGAAGGUGGGUCAGGACUCGACAGUCUUACUGAUCUGUAUCACUGUGUUCCUGUCUUACCUGCCGGAGGCUGGACAGUACUCCAGCUUCUUUCUCUACCUUAGACAGGUCGUAAAUUUCUCCUCCACAACCAUUGCUGUUUUUAUUGGAGUGGUGGGCAUUCUGUCUAUCGUAGCACAGACUCUCCUCCUCACUCUGCUGAUGAGGACUCUGGGUAAUAAAAACACAGUUCUGUUAGGUUUGGGCUUCCAGAUCCUUCAGCUGGCCUGGUACGGCUUCGGAUCAGAGCCUUGGACGAUGUGGGCGGCUGGUGCUGUAGCAGCAAUGUCCUCCAUCACCUUCCCUGCUGUCUCUGCUCUGGUGUCACAGUCUGCUGAUGCUGAUAAACAAGGUGUGGUCCAGGGGAUGAUAACAGGGAUCAGAGGUUUGUGUAAUGGUCUGGGUCCAGCUCUGUACGGAUUCAUCUUCUUCCUCUUUGACGUCAAGCUCAACACCAUGGACCCCAUCCAGGGAGACUAUAACAUCGACCCCCUGCCUCUGCACAGUCCCACUGAGCGAGCCCUCAUCCCUGGCCCGCCCUUCCUGUUGGGGGCGUGUACCGUGGUGGUUGCCUUCCUCGUAGCUCUCUUCAUCCCUGAGAAACCCUCCUGCUCAUUUUCCUCCCAGCUGUCCCUCAGCGACAAGCCCCACCCAGAUGGCAAAGAGUCGAUGUCCUCGCUGGCUGGCGUCCACAUCAACAUGCCCCUGCCGGGCAGUGAUGAGGACACCCCUCCCACCGCCAGCGACGAGGACUUUGAGCCACUGCUGCAGGACAGUAUCGUUUGAUGGACAGGUGGAAGGACCACAGAGGGUGCGGCUAACAUCAUGGUUUGAUUGAUUGACAUUUUGUAACAAAGAAACAUUUUCUUUGCCACAGGGCGGGACUAAGUAUACUUUUGUUGUCAGAAGAUUGCGAUUGACAUCAAGAAGCUCUAAAAGCAUUGUUUGUUCAUCAAUGUUUCUUCGCCAGAAGGCGGUACUCACAUAUUACUUCACUGACCAGGUGCGGAGGCAGUAACAUCAUAUGAGCGACUAAUAAGGAUGUUUCUUUCACAAGGGGGUGGGAGCAAAGAGCUGCAUAUAAGAUGUCUUUGUUCAAUUUGACAAAGAUUUUUUGACUGACAGAAAGACGGAGGGACCAACAGGGACAGCACAGUUUAAAGAGGUACAUGUUUUUUGAUCUGUAAACUAAAUUGUAUGACUGUACUUUGAUGAAACACAUAAAUGCUGGUGUUAAUAUUGACAUUCUUACCAAAUUUAUGAAAAUCUGCAUUUCAUGGGUUGAAAAUGGCUCAACACGCCAUCAUACUGUUUGAAAUCACCCUGAACCUUGCAAGGCCAAUACUGACAUAGAGUUGACCGUUUGGGACAAAUUUCCAUCAUGACAUUUAUAUUAAAAAAGAAUUUAUAUUUAAAAAAAGAAUAUUAACACCCUCUAUUUAUAUCCAAUUUUGGGAUACACCCAAAUAAUUUCCCCUGAAAGGAAAGAGAAGUAUUUUUCAUGGAAGGAUUAUUGUUCAUCUUUAAGCUUGAAAUUGUUGAUUGUUUUUGUGAUAAACAAGAGUUUUUACCUUCAGCUGUAUCAUUUUGAAGCCCUAUUUUAAUGCUGUGUGUUAUUUCUUAUUGGUUAUUGUACAAAAAAAAAACAUCUAUACAACAUAUUUACAGCAGCCAAAACAUCAGUGUUGAUUUAUACUCUUUUUUUGUUAAAGAAGAACAAUUUUUUUUUUUUUUUUGGCAGGGUUAAGAGAUUUUUAUGUGUGUACCUGCUAUGAGCUUUCAAUGCUAACAAGGUAUGAAUGUGAUGAGCUGAGAGAUGAGUCAGCCACCGAAAUCCAACAUGUCAAAAAAUCAAUUUUACUCGUCAUUUUUACGAUGGCGUAUUAGGGCCAUUGUAAGUAAAAAAAAUAAUUAAAUAAAUUAUGGAGCCAGGGGAGGGGGGUAAUAUUACGAGGAGAAAAAACUUGAUUUUCUGAGAUUAAUGUUAUAAAUUUACAAGAAAAAAACUCGUGAAAAUUGUUUUUUUUUUUUCAAGGAAUCACAUCGCUUCACUUUGCAAGGUGGAUAACCUAAUCAAAUUAUUCUUUGGAAUCUGAAUAAUUUAGCAGUAAGGAAGUAGCUUACUCUUGAUUUUAGCCCAGAAUCACCAUAUUAUCAUAAGCAUCCGGACUUUGAAGAGACAUGCAAGUUAGUAUCAAAACUGCUGUCUUCUAAUCCAGUGUGUGUAUGUGUGUGUGUUAGUCAGCCAGUCAUAACAUGACCAACACUAAUUAAGUGAGUCCAGAAAUGAGAAGCAUGCACCGUGCACAGGCCCUCCCUAAGGGGUAACAGUCAAAGUCUACAUCCCACACACACAUGCAUGCAAACAAACUCAUUGUAACAUAAUAACACUUAAUUUUAUGGUCACUCAAAUAGGUUGGAGGCUUGAGUUUUUUCUCGUAGAUGUAUGACUUUAAUCUCAGAGAAUAUCCAAGUUUUUUUCUCGUAAAUUUACAACUUUAAUCGUCAAAAUUUUGAGUUUUUUUCUAAAACUAUUACCCCCCUCCCCCGGCUCCGUAAUUUCUUUUUUCACCUACAAUGGCCCUAAUAUGCCGUUGUACAGUUUAAUGGCCAAGUUUGGUCUUUAAUUUUAUUUCUUUAUAUUUCACCCAGAACAAGAGAGGGAAAUAUUUUAGGCUAUGCAUUGGUAACAAGCCUAAAUAUAUUAUAUAUUUAUUGUAUAUAUUUUAGAAAAUUAUGAGAAACAAAAGAAUCCUGAAUGAUACUGAAGUUGAGUAAUAUAACCGAACACCUCACUAGUUUUUACACUUAAUUUCACAAGUAUCCCUUUUUGUCACUCUACCUCAGAUCAGCGUGUUUUAAAAUCACACUUCUAUCACGUUUUUUUUAUUUUUUUUU